AACACUACUUCGCAACUUGAGGACAUAAAAGAGACGCUCGCUAGCAAAGAAAACGAGAUAGGCAAUCUUAAUUCCAAAUUCAAAGAACAGCAAAUGACAUGCGCGGAACUCAGCACGAAGUGUGAAGAAUCAAGUCUGAAGGUUAGAGAGCUUGAAGAGAACUGCGCUGCAAAGGAAGUGGAAUUGAAAACACUGAAAACUGCUUCGGAAGCACAACACUUGCUAAAUGAACAAUUGAACCAAAGCUCUGUGGAGUCUAAUGGACAGAUAACGCAGCUUCAAAGUCACUUGAGGGAAAAAGAUCAAGAGGUCAAUUCACUUCAGGCAAAUUUGGUAGAAAAACACACAAGACUGGAGCAAGCAGAGGAACUUUUGAUUACAAAAGAAAAAGGUUUAACAAACCUUGAAAGAAAAUUGGAAGAGCAGAACAGCACUAUUCAACAGCUGAGUUGUAGCCUGCAAACUGCAGAAAGUCAGGUGAGGGAUCUUGAAGAAGCUGCAACCAAGAACAAUGAGGAAGCAAGUUCACUGAAAAAGGAACUUGAAGCUCUAGGCUUGGAGCAUGAAGAACUGAAGUCAAGUUUUACCGAUGCUAGUUCUCAGAUGAAAGAGCUGCAUGAUCUGCUCGCGGCAAAGGAGAGAGAGUUGAAUGUCCUUAAAGCCAGUAUGGAAGACCAAGGCUCAAACUUUAUUGAACUUACAUCUCGUUUGACGGAGCAAAGCGCUCAGUUACAGGAACUCGCCAAUUCUUUAUCUGCUAAAGAAAAUGAGAUCAGCACUCUUCGAGUCAGCUGUGAAGAGGAAAAAGUGCGAUUUAGUGAGCUUGAAUCUCGAUACAGAAAUGAAAUGGCUGGACUUGAGGAUAAAAUCGUACAGAGAGAGAACGAGAAUGCAGCUCUGAAAGCUGAGUGCCAAGAGAAUGUAUCAAGUCUUAGUGAGCUUAACGCAAGUUAUGACGAGGCCACGUCUAGAGUCAAAGAGCUUCACGAAAUUAUAAAAGGUAAGGAAGAAGGAUUUAGGGUUCUUGGUGCUGAAUUUGAAGAGCAGAAUUCCAAUUAUAACCAGCUUAAAGCAACCUUAGAGGAAUCAAGUUUGAAGAUAACCGAACUUCAGCAGGCCCUUCAGGCUAAAAGUAAAGAGGUAGACCUGUUGCAGUCCAGCUCAGAGGAAAAAGCGCUCACUCUUGAGCAACUGAAUGUGAGCUAUAGUGAAUUGGCGGCUCAAGAAAGAGAACUACGGGAUUUGCUUGUGGUCAAAGAGGCUGAAAUGGAAAAGUUGCAGAUUAUUGUAGAUGAGCAAGCUUCUCAUUUAGAACAGUUACGGGCAAGCAAUGCUGAGAAUUCGUCUCAAGUGAAUCAGUUAAUGAAGGAACUUAAGGAUAAAGAUACAGAACUUAGCCAGAUGCAUGUUGAUUUUGUCGACAAAAAUGCCAGCAUUGGAGAUCUAGAGGAUCGUUGGACUGAAACGAAUUCUUUGCUUAACCAAUUGCAGCAGAGAGUUGCCGAAAAAGAGGAAGAAGUGAACUCGUUGAAAUCAAGUUUGGAUAAUCAGAGCAUCGACUUUGGAACUAAAUACGACGAAAUGCAUGCUGGAAUGAGUGAUCUACGUAUGUGUCUCGCUAGUAAAGAAAAGGAGCUCCUUGUGUUGCAGACUUCUUUACAGGAGAAGAACACAAGUGUUGAAAACCUUGACACCAGCUUAAACGAGACAAACGCACAACUGGAGGAUCUGAGGAGUCAGCUGGCAGCUAGAGACAGCAAGUUUGUUGCGUUGAAGAAGAAAGCACAGGCUUUGAAGAAAUCUUAUGAAGUAGUGUCUGCUGAGAAUGAUAGUAAUAGAGAGGAAUUGGAAGAGCUGAGGAAGGAGAAGGGGCUUUUCUUGGAAGAAAAAGAAGCAAUGGAAACUUGUUUAGCGCAGCUGAUUGAACACAAGAAUCAACUUCAAGCCAAAAACGAGGAGGUUCAAGAAUUAGAAACGAAGAUUGGGAAAGUAGAAGAAGCACUUCAGCUGACCAGUGGUGAAAAUGAAAACUUGGCAUCAAAAAUCAGUGAGCUUCGAGGGGAAUUAGAUUCUCUUGAACAAGAAAAGAAGCAGCUGAUAAGUGAACGUGAGGAAUUUGUUUCUCGCCUUAGUGAAGUAGAGUCAGAGAAGUUGUCGAUGGAAACCUCUAUUCAUGAUGGCAGAGAGGAGAUGUCUUUAGUUCAGUCAGAAAAUGAGAGCUUCAAGACUAAUUUGGAUGAAACGAAGAAGCAACUUGACCAUAAAGUGAAGGAGGUCAGCGAUCUUAAAGAGGUCAUAGAUCAUUUAAAAAGCGUUGUGGAGGAAACUAAUAAGUCUUCUCAAGAAGAUCUAAAACAGCUGGAGUUAAAAAAGAACGAAGAAUUACACGAGAAGCUCUUAGCCAAAGAUGGAGAACUGUUGGAAUUGUCUGAAGACUUGUCUCUCACCCAAACAACGGUUGGGGAAUAUCAAGCUAAAUUGCUGGAAAAUGAAGACGCUUUGCAAAAACAAUGGAACGCUUUCGAGGAGGAAAAAGAAAGCUUGCAAGGAAAGCUUAGAGAUAUCUUAGCUGAAAAGAAUUCUUUGGAAAAGAAGCUCUCUGAGAUGAGAGAGAGUCAUGAUGCUUCAUUGUCAGAGUUCGAUUCUGUUAAAGCUGAAGUUGAAAGAGCCAGAAGUGAGAUAGAGUUGAAAGAUAACCAAAUAAACACCUUGCGGAAUGAAUUAAAUGGGAUGCAGAAAGUUGUUGAGGAAGAACUUGUUUCAUCCCAAAAAGAGGAAUCGUUGAGCAAUCAACUAAUUGCAAAGGAAACAGAGCUCUUGGACCUGCAAAAAAAACUGAAACACUUUCAGGAGGCAUUACUUCUGAAAGAACAGGAGGCCAAUGAACUGAGCGAGAGAUCAAGAAAGAGCGAAGAAGCUAUGUCGAUUACGAACACUAAACUUCAUGAUAUGCGUGCGCAGGAAAGUAAACUAAAAGAAUCCUUAGAGGAAGCUGAGCUAAAAAUUGUCCAUUUGCAGGCAGAGCUUAAUGACGUUGCUUCAGAGUUAAGGCAAGUGUCUCAGGAAAAGACAGCUUUUGAGUCAGAGUUGCUUGACGUCAAGGACAGACUGGGUGCUGCUGACCUGGAGUUGAAUUCCUUACGGGUUACCUCAGAUAACACCUCCAGAGAGCUAGCCCUAAAAGAAGAAUGUGUAAUUAACCUCGAACGAGUUGUUUCUGAGUCAAAGGCUAUGCUCGAGAAAGAACGUCAAGGAAAAGAAGACACAGAUGCGUUGAUGGAAAGGGAACAAGCCCUAAAUAACGAGUUGGAAGAUACUAUUAACGAAUUGAGUGGGAUGAAAAAGCUUUGUCAAGAUCAAGAAAAAGCAAUGAUUGAAUUUAAAAAAGAACGUUGUGAGAAUUUGGAGGAACUAAAAGUAGCUAAAUCACACGCUGAGAAGCUGAUUGAUACGCUUGAAGAAAUGAAGUCUUCUCUGAAUGCUGUUAGUAAAGAGAAAGAUACCGUAAUGGCAGAGCUGGAAGAGACUAAAGGUAAACUAAGCGAAGUGUUGGCUGCUAAGGCUUUGUUGGAGUUAGAUCUUCAUGAUAUCAGCGUGAAGCUGGAAGCAGCAACAGCUGAGCAAGAGCGCUAUGCUAAAGAAUUAGGAGGCACAAAGAAGGAGCUUCUUGACCGUGAAGAGAAACUCGAAGAGUUGCGAAGCGUCGGGGAACCUCAGAUAGAGCAAGUAACUCCAGUGGAUGUAGUUCUUCUGAGUGCUGCACCCGAAAGAGAAUUCUUACUGGGAACACCAGCCGAUGAAGUUUCAAAAUCCUCGUCGCGAGAAAGACAACUUGUCAAUCAAAUUGAACAGCUUGAAAAGGAAAAAGGUAACCUGGAAGCUGAACUGACGGACAUUGUGUCAAAGGUGAAAGAGGUCACAGAUGCAAGAAGUGCUAUCGAGGUGGAGCUUAACAAUACAAAGGCAGCCAUGAAUGAGUUGACGGUACAGCAUGAGUGGGUAACAUCUGAACUGCAAAACCUAAAGGAAGAGUUUGAGGAACAAGAAAAUGAAUUGCACAGGUUAGGGCAAGAACUAGUCGAUGCAAAAAAGGUCAAAGAGGAACUACAAACGAAUAAUGUAAACGAGAACGAAGACAGACUGCAACAAGCUGAAGAGGAAAUUGUACAGAUGAAGAUCAACUUUGAAGAAACUGUCAGCAAGAGAGUUGAGGAAAUUUCGGAAGCAAAAGAACUUGAGAAGGUUCAAAUAGAAGAGCAACUUGCAAAGAAAUUGGAAGACAUCAAAAGUCACAAGGACGAAGUGAUUGCUAAGUUGAAGGACAAAAUACGUGAGAAAAUUGACCUUAACAAGAAAAUGACAGCUGAGUCCAGGCUCAAGUUGGCCAAAGCGCAGAAGGAAAAGGAAGAAGCUUUGCAGGAAGUUCAGUCUCAGCUAGAACUUCAGACGCAAACAACCGAACAGCUGUCGGCUGCAUUGGAUCAGCAAAGAGAAAUUUCCAAAAAUAAAGAUGAGGAGGUGGAGAUGCUUAAAAGAAAACUCGUCGAAUUGGAGAAUGAAGACGGACAGAAAGACCUGGACUGGCAGGAAACACUCUUGGAGUUGCAGAAUCUUAAACUAGAGAUAGAGAAGCGUGAUCAAGAAAAAAUUGAAUUAGAUACUCGUCUUCAGGCCAGUGUAGGUCAGGAUGAAUUUGAGAAGUCAAUUACAGACAGGAAUAAACUUAUUGCCAACCUUAAAAAAAGGUUAAAGGAAGAACGAACAGCAAAGAAAGAAGAAAUGACCAAAUGGCAGCGUGCUAUUGCAGAGAAGGACGCCGAAAUUCAGCAGCUAGAGUCUUCUCACGCCGAAGCACUUGCGGAUGCGGACAAGAGGCUUGAGGCUGUCCAUGAGCAUAACAGAAACUUAGAGGAGAAACAGGAGGCGCUGGAAAAUGAGUUGCACAGCACCGAGGAUGAGAUGAAUAAUCUCAAAAAGCAAUCCGAAAACGCGAAGAACGAAAUGGAAAAGAAGCAGAAGCAGCUUCAGAAAGAACUUGAUGAAAGAGACGCAGACUUCACCUCGAGUAUGGAUGCACUCAAUUCUCAAAGAGAAGAGGCUGAGAAACUAAUCGAACAACUAAGAACAGAGGCUGAAGCUCGUGCAGAGGAAAUAGUUAUGUUGAAAGAGGAAGAGGCUAAUCAGCAGCAAGAGAAGCAGCUCCUGCUUGACGAAGUUCAACAACUUAGCGAAGCUGUUGAACAUCUUAAAGAGAAGGACAUGGAUAUUGCCAAACUGGAACAGGAGCUGGAUGCUGUGGUAGAGGAGAAAGGUAAACUCGAACACCAGCUUAAAGCUGCGGGAGAUGAGCUUGUGAAAUUGAAAGAAGCGAACGAACAGCUGCAGAGAGAAGUCGAAAGUACCAAAGUCGCGUUAGUCGAAGCUCCAACUAAAGUUGAAGCCACAAGCGCGUUGUUGGGAACUGUUGGCUCUUCCUUCGAUGAGGCUGUUCUCACUGUUGGAGAUGUUGUACCCUCAGAGAAUGUGCAAUCAAUGCGUGAAGAGAUUCAAGAGUCCAUUCCAUUGGAACACGAUCAGGCUCAGAAUUCUGCCAUCAGAGAAGAACUUGAAAAAGUUACAAGACAGCUGUUGGGUAUCCAAGCCGAAUUUUCCAAAGUAAAAGCCAUGAAUGAGAAACUUAAAGCAAAACUGCGAGUGCAAGUGAAAAGGACGAAGGUGAAGUCCGAAUCGCUCAGCGAUAUAGAUUCAAAUGAGCUAAAAGAAGAAAUUGAAAAAGUUCGCCUCGAGAAACUGAACUUAGAAAAAACGGCUUACGAGGCACGAGAAGAAGUAGACGUAAUCAUGCGUCACAAAGAUGCUGUCAUUGGAGAUUUGAAAGUAAAGAUUCAGCAGCUUCAAGAUGAGCAAAGGCGGCAAGAAAGCCUUUCAGAGAAACUGGAGAAACUUAUAGCACAGCGAGAUGAUGAGAUACAGGAGCUGAAUAAUCGUUAUCAAACCGUGUGCAAAGAGAAAGACACACAUAUCCAAAGUCUUGAGAAGUCCCUCGAGCAAGAAAAGCUUACUAGUAUGCAAGAACUUGAGCACUGUAAAGCUGGAUAUGAACAAGUACUAAGUAACAGAGACACUAAUGGGGAAAGUCUACAACGAGACAUUGCCAAUGCCAGGAAGGAAAUAGAACACCUGAAAGGCCAGCUUAACGAAGCAAAUCAGUCUUUGGAAGAACUGACUAAGCUCAAAACCGACUUUGAUCACAUUGUGUCUGGCUUGCGCGAAGACCUUCAAGAGGCACUAGAUGGGAAAGCAGCCGCUGAUCAAAUUGCGCAUGAGUUCCGAGUCCAGCUCAGAAGAAGCAAAUCUUCAACAGAACAGAGUGGUGUUGGAGUUAGCGAUAUUGCCAUUGGAACUCCAGAAGGGGACAGGUCAUACGAAGAUGUCCGGGUCAAAGCUGCUCAGGAAGAAGUGUUCAAGUUAAAGGAAGCUUUGGAGUCAUUGAAUAAAGAAAAGGAGGAACUUGAAAAGAGUUUAGAUGACGGCAAACAAGGUAACGAUGAGGCACAAAUCAAGGAACUUGAAGUAGAUGCAAAGGAUGGAGUGGAAGAGAUGGAAGGAGAACUGUCUGCCCUGUCAAAUGACGUAGUUUGGUUGCAAAAUGAGUUGAAGAAAGCUUCGUCGCUCAAUAAAAGCUUAGAUAACAAGCUGAAGGCGUUGUCAAGAAGAAAAAGAACAAGAUCAGAUCCAAGAGAAGAAGAUAGUGAGAUGAGAGCCGAAAUUGAAAGGACUCGAGCCGCUAAACUAGAGAGCGAACGAAAGGAGCAAGAACGUCGGGAGGAGCUUGAUGAAUUUGUCAAAGAGAAAGAAAUUAUUGUUGCUGCUCUCAGGUCAAAAUUGGAGCUUGCUUUGCAGGAAAACGAAGGAGCUAUCAAUAAAAUCCGAGACUAUGAAAAACAGCUGCUAGAAAAAGAUUUCAGAGUUCGCGAUUUGACCGAACAAAUAUCGCCUUUGCUUUUAGACAACGAUGCGCUGAAUAAAACGGUAGAAGAGCUUAAUGAAUUGAAUUCCGAACUACAGUCUUCAGCAGACCUUGCAGCAGACACAAAGCUGGAGUUGGACAGUAAGCAGUUGCUCCUUAACGAAAGAAACCAAAGAAUCUCUGAAUUGGAGACUCAGAUGAAACGCACUGAGCAAGAACAUCAAGAGUUUAUUGAAGGAAUUAAGAGGAAGCACGAAGAUCUCUUGUCUGAGAAAGAAAAACAAUCGCAACAAUCAAUCACGGAACUAAGUGAGAAAAACAAAGAGCUGGAGGAAAAUAUACACAUGGUCACUGAACAAAAAGGUGAGAUCGAGAAAGAGUUGUUGAAAACUAAAUCUGAGCUUGAGCAAGUUGUUCAAGACUCUUUUCCCGUUAUUGAAGAGAAAGAUCGUAAGAUUAACGAGCUCCAACUCGCAAUGGAUGAGAACCAGAAGAAAACCGACGAAAGUAUUUUCCAUUUGCAAGCUAAUGAGAAGGAGUUGCAAGAACGAAUUCAAGUGCUUGAUGCCCGUAACAACGAAAUUAAAAAUAAUCUUCAACAAGUGCAGUCGGAGCUUGAGAAACGACUGCAGGAGGGAGAGGGAUUAGAGGAGGAACUUAUGCAUGCACAUUCCCAGAUUGACGAACUAAACGCUGAACUGUCUGUUGCUUACCAAGAAAAACAGGAUAUUAAUAAGCUGCAAAGCAACUUCCACCACAUCAUUUCAGGACUUCGUGAGGAUCUUCAGCAUGCCCUUGAUGGGAGAGCAGCAGCCGAUGAAAUAGCUCACGAGUUCCAGGUUCAGUUGGAAAAUUUGAAGAAGUCGUCGCCGGAGGUUUCUGCUGAUAGUAACCUGAUAAAAGAAAACAAUAAAAUUGCCGAGAUGCUUCAGGCAACACGACGUGAGGUUUCCGACUUAACAACUGCCCUCGACGUAACGAGCAAAGAAAGAGAUGACUUGCAAGAUAAGAUCAGAGAGUUUUCCAUCCAAGAGACAAGUAUCAAAGAACCCUUUUCGAGUAGUGAGGUAGACUGGAAGCUUCCUAAGAAGGAAGACCGCGAAAAGCCAGUGGAAGAAGUCAUUUUGCAGUCUUCUGUUGAUAACCAAGUUACUGCCACUGCAAAUAAUGAAACGGAAAUAGAACUGGAAAACCUUAAGAAUGAAAUGAAGAAGAUCAAAGGAGUUAACGACAAGUUAAAGGCGAAGCUGAGAACCGUGAUGAAAAAGAAAAAAGAAAAGACCGAUUCUGGAGAUGAAGAAACUAGUUCUCGUGAUGAUUUACAAGCCGAGCUUGAGCAGGUUCGUCAAGAAAAGCUUGAAAGUGAAAAAGCAUGUCAAGAACUACGACUUGAAUUGGAGUCAUUUGUAAUACAAAAAGAGAGCAUCGUCAAGGAGUUGAAAAAUAAGAUCGAACAGCUGGUAGCGGACAGGGGAAAGAGUAGUAAUUUGAUUGAAGAGUAUGAGCAUCGGAUUGUGACGAAAGAUGGCGACUUAAAAGAGAUGAGAGAUAACAUUGGACGCCUUCAAAGUCAGAACGAUGAGGCUUGGAGAAUAGUUCAACAACUGAGGGAAGAAAAUGACAACUUGUACGUUCAGAAAGAAGAUGUAAUCUCGCAGAAAACUGAGAUCGAAGAUGAUUGCAAUGAUUUGAAGCGGGAGCUCGAACGAGUCGCUGAAAACCUGACGAGGAAAGAAAACGUAAUUUCAACGCUUGAGAAUCGCCUUCAGGACACAACAGAAAAUUACAAAACAGAGCUAGAGGCCACAAGGGUCCAGCAUGACGGAGUAAUUUUUGAAAUACAGAGUCACGCUGAUAGACUGGAACGGGAACUUUUGUCCACCAAAAAAGAGCUGGAGCAUUUAAAAGGCGAGUUAGGAGAAUUAAAGAGAGAAAGGGAAGAUAUAGCUCAACUCAAAGUUAACUUUGAUCAUAUAGUGUCGGGGAUUCACGAAGAUCUCCAACGUGCUCUGGAAGAAAAGGGAGCUGCUGAUCAAAUAGCACAUGAAUUUCAGGUUCAACUGAAACGACUGCAGAAAAAAUCAAAAACGUUUCCAACGAGUUUUAGAGAUGUAGCUGUUGAGGCGAUAGACACAGAGGGAAUGAACAUGCACGAAAGGCUAGAGAAUGCUCUGUUGGAGGUCUCCAACCUCCAAGACGUUUUGCAGUCUGUCAACAGUGAAAAGUUGGAUUUAGAAGAUAGAUUAAGAACACUUGAGGCCACGCCACAGUUAAGAGAAACACCAAAAGAUGCAAUAGAAAGAGGGCGAAAGGACGGUGAGCAGGAAGAGAUUGUUUCCAAGGUUGUCAUCCAGAGUCUAGGGAACGAGCCAAUUCAGACUGCAGUGUGUGAGACAGAGCCUCUGUUAAGUUCACCCCCUUCUGACCCUGACGAUGUUCAGAAAUUGAAGGAUGAGUUGUCUAAGGCACAUUCUGAACUAGAGAAAGUCAAAUUAGUCAACGAACGCUUAAAGGCUAAGGUUAGAGCGGCGAUUAGAAAAAACAAAGAAAAAGAAGGCAAAUCAGGUACUGGUGACGGAGAAAGCAGUGAAGAACUCAUAGCCGAGCUGAACAAAGUACGUCAAGAGAAAUUAGAGAGUGAAAAGGCGGCUCAGGAAUUAAGGAUCGAGUUGGACAGUUUUGUUAGAGAAAAGGAAGGAAUUUUUAAAGAGCUCAAAGCGAGCAUACAGAAGUUACUAUCAGAGAAGGAAGAGACCAGUAGUCUGGUGGAGUAUUAUGAAAAAUGUAUGAUGGAGAGAGAUGCUGAAAUUUGUACACUCGAGGAGCGGUUUCAGUCUUUGGAAGAGGAAAGGCAGGCUAUCGACCAAAAACUUUCCGAAAACAAAGUAGAAAACGAGAAUGUAAAAGCAGUUUUAGAGCAAGUCCAAUUGCAAAAGGGAAAAGCCGAAAAAGAACUGCAACAGGCCAAGCUGCAGCUGGAGCAUCUUCUUCAAGGAGAACAGCCUUUGCUUGAUGCGAAAGACCAGCAAAUUGCAGACCUCGAAGCCCAGUUGUCCAACCAGAAAGGCCUGAAUACAGAAGAAAAGAAACAGUUAAGAGAUCGUUACGACACUGUCAUAGCUGAACAACAAAACCAUUUGCACAAUUUAGAGGAAGCGCUUACCUCAACCCACGCUCAAACUGAACACUUGAAAACACAGGUUCAAACAUUGGAGAGAGAACGAGAAGAUAUUAACAAGCUAAGAGCAGACUUUAGCCACAUCGUGUCAGGUCUUAGUGAGGAUUUGCAGCGGGCUUUGCAGGGAAAAGUAACGGCUGACGAAAUCGCGUCCGAAUUCCAACUAAAGCUGAAGCAACUCGACAAAUCGUCAGCGUUGUCAGAAAGAGAUGUCAAAGAUGCUGGCGUGGGUAUAGGGGAGAUGGGUUUCCAAUCUUCUUCUGAGAAAGAUAAUAAGAAAUUGGAAGAAAUCAUCGAACACCUCAACGAGGAAAAGGAAAAGUUAGACGAGAGAAUUAUGGGACUUGACGUGGUUUUGCAAGACAGAGAAGGAGAGUUGGAAGAAAAAGAGAAACAAAUUCAGGAACAGCAGCUCGAAAUCGAAACAUUAACUACAGACCUUGCGAACGCUGCGGAGAAAUUUACCACCGACAUUAAUCAAGUUGUCGCUCAAGGAGAAGAAAUGAGGCGGAAACUACAAAGUAACUUUGACGCCAAAACUGAAGAGUUUGAUAGCCUUCAAGAGCAGUUCACGGCUUUAAAGGACGAUAAUGCGAGAGAGAAGGAACAGCUACAGGGCGAACUCGCUGAAAAGCGUCAAAUCAUAGACAAACUGAAUGAAGAUCUAAGUCAGUUCAGGAAUGGAGUGCAGAAUAAAUCUGAUGAAGAAAAGUUAUACGAGGAGCUGCAAGCAAACUAUGAAUUACUGGAGAAUGGUAACAACAAACUCCGCCAAGACUUGUAUAUGACAAUGAAAGGGAAGGAAAAUUUACGAGUCAAAUUGAGAAAGGACUAUGAUCAGAUCUUGUCGUCUUUGAAGCUGGAUCUUGAGCAGAGUCGACAGCAAAACCUCGAAAAAGAGAGAUUCAUUCACAACCAAAGAGUAGAAGUCGAAACUCUUGUUAAAGACAAAGAGUUACUAGUUGCCAAACUCAAAGACACCUUCGGUGUGACCGAGGAAAACACUCAGAGGUCUGAGGACGAUCAGACCGAUGGGGAUGACAUUGUGAGCGGCUUAAAGAACGAGAUAAACUGGCUUAGGAAAGAAUGUCAGGACUGUAGGAUGGAAAAAGACAAAUUGUAUACUAAGUUUCAUGAAGUGACAGAGGCGCUAAGAGGAGAACUGGAGAAGUCUUUAAGCGAGAAAGAAAACCUUACCCAAAAAACUGAAGAAACCCUUCAUCAAAAUAGGGAUCUUCAGCAGUCGUUGAUUGAAAAGCAGUCGGCGCUUACUAGAGCUAAAAUCCAGUUUGAACACAUCGGAAAAGGCUGGCGAAAUGAUCUCGAUGUUGCAAGAGCGGAAAAAGAAGAGGCUUUGAGUCAGCUUGGGGAACUUAGAAACCAGAGUGUCACUAUCGAUAUGCCUGUUGACGAGGAAGGAGCUUUGGAGACCAUAGAGCAACUCAGAGUUCGGUUACAAGAAAUGGAAGAGUUAUACGAGGCUAAAUGUCGCGAAGGGGAGGUUUCCCUGCAAAUUGAAGAAGUUGGAAGCCCCUCAAAGGAAUCUCCUACGAAAUACCAUUAUUCUUCACCGUAUGUCAGUCGCCAAUCCCGCUCUUUUACUGGUCAAUUAGGACGCUAUUUUAAACGAGGGUCUUCUGUUUCCCUGGGCAGGCCCCGUGGAUUCCGCAAGGCAGCCCUUGCCUUGUACUUUGUCGCUCUUCAUCUGUUGGCUUUUAUGUACAUAUUCCAAGUAUUAUUUUAGGAUUUAAUGUGUAGGCUGUAAGGAGCAUUAUUACACGGCUUUGGCAGUCAGAGGGCCAAUAACUAAAAUCAACCAAUCAAAAUGCUCUAUUGCCGGUCAAUAUUUUCUCAGUAUUGGACC